ACGCUCAGAGCCAGGCUGUUGCUGAGCACCCAGGAGCGAGAGGAGCUGGAGGAGAGAGAAGCAGCAAGAAGCAGCCAAGAGUUGGAGCCAGACCAGGAGGAGCCUGAGCCAGAGUUGGAGUAGAAGUUGCUCUUGCUGAAGCAGCAGCAACUAAAGAAAUUGAAAAGAUGCUGGUUGUCUUGGGACUGCUUACCUCCUUCCUUUCUUUCCUGUAUUUGAUCGCUCCAUCCAUCAGGAAGUUCUUCGCUGGCGGGGUUUGUAGAACAGAUGUGCAGCUUUCUGGGAAGGUGGUGGUGAUCACCGGCGCCAACACAGGCAUCGGCAAGGAGACAGCCAGAGAGCUUGCUCGCAGAGGAGCCCGGGUAUACAUUGCCUGUCGAGAUGUACUGAAGGGGGAGUCUGCUGCCAGUGAAAUCCAAGCUGAUACAAAGAACUCCCAGGUGCUGGUACGGAAACUGGACCUAUCUGAUACCAAAUCCAUCCGAGCCUUUGCUGAGGGCUUCCUGGCAGAGGAAAAGCAGCUUCAUAUUCUGAUCAACAAUGCAGGAGUGAUGCUGUGCCCAUAUUCCAAAACAGCUGAUGGUUUUGAAACCCACUUGGCAGUCAACCACCUGGGUCACUUCCUUCUCACCCACUUGCUCCUGGGGCGGCUGAAGGAGUCCGCCCCUGCACGGGUGGUGAACCUGUCGUCCGUGGUCCACCAUAUUGGCAAGAUUCGCUUCCAUGAUCUCCAGGGUGAGAAGUACUACAACUGGGGUUUCGCUUAUUGCCACAGCAAGCUGGCCAAUGUGCUCUUCACUCGCGAGUUGGCCAAGAGGCUCAAAGGCACGGGAGUCACCACCUAUGCAGUGCACCCAGGCAUCGUCCGCUCCGAGUUGGUCCGACACUCCUUCCUGCUGUGCCUGCUUUGGCGGCUCUUCUCCCCCUUCCUCAAGACAACAUGGGAGGGGGCCCAGACCAGCCUGCACUGUGCGCUGGCUGAGGGCCUGGAGCCUCUGAGCGGCAAGUACUUCAGUGACUGCAAGAAGACCUGGGUGUCGCCCAGGGCCCGGAACAACAAAACGGCUGAGCGCCUGUGGAACGUCAGCUGUGAGCUUCUGGGAAUCCAGCAGGAGUAGACCUGGUGGAAGACGCACGGUUGUAUCAGGCCGAGUUCACACCAUGAGAAACGGGGACCAAGAAGGCCUACCCUGCAGGCUUGUCCUGGCAGGCUGCUGUAGUGAGCCCUGGCCUGCUGUGAUACUCCCGGCCCUUCUAGAAAUCUUUGCACACCCAACACUCUCAUGAGGCUAGCUCAUGGCAUAAGAUGGUCACACCUACAAAGCACUCUUCUCCAAGACUUACAGAGACUCUUGGGCCAAGAGAAUGGGGCAGAUGUCAGGCUGGGCAUGAGAAUGGCAGAAGAACCUGGGAAACUGGGUCAGUUUCCUCACCAAGACCAGGAAUGCCAGUCACCACACUCAGCUGAGGGGAUGAACAUCAGUGUUACAUCUUUCUAGGAUCUAUAGGCUCAAAGACUAUUGACUGAUCUCUUUCCUCUUUGUAACGCUAGUCUGGAGUCUGGACCAACUCAGGAGGAUCUUGGCUCAACCUUGGCUGACUUUAUUUCCUUCCUCUGAGCAUCCUGGAGCCAUAGUGUAAAGGCUCCAGUGUAAAGGCACAGGAGCCUGUUCUCUCUUUCCAGUAGUUUUUUUUUUUUUAAUUAAAAACAAUUUUCUCAGCUCUACUGAGAUAUAAUUGACACAUAACGUUGUAUAAGUUUGGACCUUCCCAUUUUCAAUCAUGUAGAUGGUUUCUUUUCCUAAAGAGUUGCCUUUGCCUCAAUUUUAGAGAAAAUAAAGACUGUGUAUUCAUCUUA